AUGGCGACAAUGGAAAGCAGCGAUACUCCCCUUGUGGCUUCACGUCUCACGGUGGCCGUCAAAUCAGGCAGAGUAACAGUAGGCACGGACAACACCUUACGUGCGCUCCUACACGACAAUGCCAGCCUCAUCCUGAUAGCGGAGAACUGCCCGCCGAUUUUGAAGGCGGAGGUGGUAUGUCGUGCUAAGGGUCAUCCUGCACAGGGUCUCGCAUCAACUCAACCAUCUCACCCCCGACGGAGAGCGGCCACCGCGGCUCCACCAUUCAGCGUCAUCACUCGCUUCCAGACCCUCGUCCGAACCCACCUAAACGGUCCUCCGGGCCCCAGAAUGGUGGACAAGCUCCCUCUGGUCCUUGGGAAUUAA